AUGUUUACACUUUAUAUUUUGUGGACUGCUCCAAUCAUUUUCCUUUUUCUGUACAUUUUCUUCAAUUAUUAUGUUAAAGGCGAGAAGAGUGUGUGUAUUGUAGUUCUAGGGGACAUAGGUAGAAGUCCACGGAUGCAGUACCAUGCUGUCUCUUUUGCAGAAGAAGAUUUUAAUGUUGAUUUGGUUGGCUUUGGAGGUUCAAAGACAAUUCAACAGAUCAGAGAAAAUGAUCAGAUAAAUUUACACUAUUUGUGUGAACCACCUGGUUUUAUCAAACGCCUUCCCAGAUUACUAGGUUAUGUUGCUAAAGUUAUCUACCAAUCUAUUAACCUAGCUUGGAAAUUGUUACUUUUACCAAAGGCUGGUUUUAUCUUUCUUCAGAAUCCUCCUUCUAUACCUACUCUAGCUGUUUGUUGGAUUGUUUGUUUAAUUAGAUGUAGUAAAUUGAUGGUAGAUUGGCAUAAUUAUGGUUGGACAAUACUUGGUCUUAAUUUAGGAAAUGGACAUUUACUAGUUCGAUUCUCAAAAUGGUUUGAAAAGUUUUUUGGAAAGUUUGCCAAGAUAAAUUUCUGCGUAACAAAGGCAAUGAAAGAAGAUUUGAAAACAAACUGGAAUAUAAAUGCUGAAACUCUCUAUGACAGACCACCACCAAGAUUCCAGAAAGCCUCUCUAUCAGCUAGACAUGAUUUAUUUCUAAAGUUAUCUAAUGAAUAUUCGCAGUUUAAACCCAGAGAGAGAUUGGUAUCUAAAGAUGAACAGACUAUAUUUACUAUAAAACUAUCAACUGGAAUAUUAAGUUAUCAAGAUAAUCGUCCUGCUUUAGUUAUUAGUAGUACUAGCUGGACAGAAGAUGAAGAUUUCGGUAUUUUAUUAACAGCUCUACAAGAUUAUGAGAAAUAUUUUGAAGCUAAAGAUUGUACUUUACCAAAUGUUCUCUGUGUUAUAACUGGUAAAGGUCCAUUUAAAGAGUUUUAUAAAGAAAAAAUUGAAGCUAUAGAAUGGAACCAUGUGAGUUUCUGUUUACCCUGGUUAGAACCUGAAGAUUAUCCUUUAUUAUUAGGUUCAGCUGAUCUUGGUGUUUGUUUACAUAAAUCAUCCAGUGGUUUAGAUUUACCAAUGAAAGUUGUAGAUAUGUUUGGUUGUGGUUUACCAGUUUGUGCUGUAGAUUUUCAAUGUUUAUCAGAACUGGUUCAGCAUAAUAAAAAUGGAUUAAUAUUUAAAGAUAGUCAGAAUCUCAGUAGUCAAUUAAAGGAAUUAUUGAAUGGAUUUCCAGCCGACCAAUCAAAACUUACAGCAAUGCGUAGGAAUAUUAAAGCAUUUCAAAGUGUGAGGUGGAAUGAUCAAUGGAAAAAAAUAGUUCUUCCUUUGAUGAUUAAAGACAAUACAAAACCUAAAACUGACUGA